UUCAGGAAUAGGAACGGCCGUACCAUUUCCCAAAAUUACACGGACGCAUUUCACUGUCGGACGAACCUCUUCCGGUGUAAUUGUCAACAUCAGGUUUGCACCACGCGUGUUUCCACACGUUAAAAAUGCCAAAGGUUCAGAAAGGGAAGGCGCCGGAGAAGGUGGUCCAUCCGUACAGCAGAAAAGCUGCUUACAUGGCCCGAGAAGAAAUCAGACUCAGGAAGAAAGAAAAACAGAAAGUCGACAAAGCUUCACGUCUGAGCAGCGUCGGUGAAAAGCUGUUGUGGUUCCAGGGACAGUUGGAUCCAGCAAAAGCAACAUACAACAGAAAAGAUGCCUGUGAGAUCAUUGAGAGGUACCUUCAGCGGUUUGACUCGGAACUUGAGCAGAUUGAGUUGAUGAAUGGGAUCAAGGGUCGUCAGGGUCGUCUUCAUGGUGCCAGAGAGGAGGUGAUCAAGCAGACCAUUGAGCGUGAGAGAGCCCUGUACGAGGGAGCUGGGUUUGAGAUACCAGACAUCAUCAAUGCCAAGCAUCUGAAAACAUUCAGGGAGUGGACUGGUGAUCUGAAGAAACUGCCAAAUAUUAAACUGCGUAAAGUUUCCUGCAAAGGUCUGGACAUGAAUGAGAAAGAAGACAAACCAGACACGGUAGAAGAGGAUGUUGGUGGUGAAAAGGAGCUUCAUGAUGACGAAGACGAUGAAGAUAAGGAAGCAGAAGAGAAGGCUCUCAUGACGGACUCUGACUGAUGUUUUAAAAUCGUUUGACUGUAUCUUAUAAUGAACUCUCAAACAGCCUGUAAAAAAGACUCAAAAGAAGAAGAUGUGCUGCCAAGUACCUCCUGUCCAGAAGAUGGCGCCAGUGCCUUACUGCAUCAGCAUGAUCUCCUGGGUCAUAGUGUUGCACAGUGGUUCAACAUCAGCCUGUGAGGUGUUGUACAUUCAUUGUUUAUUAAAUAAACACACCUGUGGAUGUGGUUACACACCAGGAAGCUGUUGACAGCAGCGGAGUGAAGACACUUGGAGUCAACUGUUUUCUGUGACAAAGACACAGGUGUUGGUAGAAAACAACUGAAACCUGUAGAAAAGUGUAAGUCUGAAAAACACAUUUUACAAUAAAUGCAUUUCGAUGCUA